AUGAAUUUUGAUUCUAGUUCUUCUACUUCUAGUGAUGAAAUAUACGAUUCCAUGUUGUUAGAUUUUAUUGAGGAAAAUCGACAACAACAAGUGAUAGAGGAUACAAUAAGAUAUGUUGUUAACACCGAUGUACAAGAACAAGAAGUUCAUGGUUCACGACGUGAAAAAAUGUCAAGGUGGAUCGUUCCAAGAGAUCGUGAAGGAGCACAUGAUCGGUUAGUUACAGACUACUUUAGUGACCAUCCAUUAUACGGCGAUGAAAAGUUUCGACGUAGGUUUCGUAUGCAAAAACCUCUAUUCAUGAAGAUAGUGAAUACGUUGAGUGCAACUGAUAGAUUUUUUCAACAACAUCCAGAUGCCACAAUGCGACUGGGUGCUUCUGGAAUUAAAAAAUGCACUGCAACAAUGAGAAUGUUAGCAUAUGGUUGCCCAACUGAUCAAAUUGAUGAGUAUCUAAAACUUGGGGCAAGUACGGCAAGAGAAUGUCUUAUACACUUUGUUGAUGGAGUGAUUCGUGAAUUCUCAACAGAAUACUUGCGGAAGCCAAACGCCGAAGAUCUUGUUCAUCUCCUUAAACAAGGGGAAGAAAGGGGUUUUCCUGGCAUGAUGGGGAGCAUCGAUUGCAUGCAUUGGGAGUGGAAAAAUUGUCCAGUUGGAUGGAAAGGAAUAUAUCAAGGUAGAUCUAAAAGGGCGACGGUGAUCUUAGAAGCUGUUGUUUCUUGGGAUUUAUGGAUUUGGCAUGCCUUUUUUGGCACGCCAGGGACAUGCAACGAUAUAAACGUUCUUCAACGUUCUCCCGUCUUUGACGAUAUUUUAAAUGGUUGA